AUGGUUGUCCGCAUCUCUUCCACCAUGGGAUGCAGCCGCCGUGUGCAAGGCUCGUUGUCUCUUGAACAGUUUGGUAACACCACCCUGUUUCGGGUACUGAUUGAUGGUCAUGAGGUGAUCGAUGGAGUUGAUGGCGGCGGCAACCACCCCGGUGACCGCUUCCAAGGAGCUGUUUACCUUCCUGAAAGCGUUCAGUGGGAGCGAAUCUACAAGAAAGUCAAGAGUGCCAAUACUACAUCCAUCCGUGGUCGAUGUACUUUUGUGAAGUUUGGACCAAACGUCUCUGGUAUCACUGCUUUCCAGGUCACUUUGAUCUACAGCAACAGCAACAAGAGUGCAGAUACCAAACGAGUGAGUGCAUCCUUCGAGGCGUGCAUUGCGAAGGCUUCAGAGGCUGUCAACACGGUGUCCAACAACAACAAUAGCUUCCAUUUGUAG